AGAGAGAGAGAGAGAGAGUAUUUAUUGGUUUCAAAAUUAGAUGAUGAUGUAUUCAAUGGAUUCAAGCGAUCAUAAUCAUCAAAGUUUGAUCCCAGGUUUACCUAACGAUAUAUCUUCUUUAAUUCUUUCAUUAUAUAUUCCUUUUUCGCAUCAUUCACGUCUUCGAUCCAUUUCUAAACUAUGGAAUCAGUUUUUUAAUUCCAAAACCCCUUUUUCUAUUAGAUUUACUCAUUCUUCUAAUAAUAAUUCUUUAUUGUCUCAAUUAUUAUGUAUUUUCCCUGAAGACCCUACAAUUUCAUCCUUUUACAUAUAUGAUCCCUUAAAUUUAGCUUGGUGUAGUCUCCCUCCUAUGCCUUGUAAUCCUUAUGUAUAUGGUUUAUGUAAUUUUCAAGCUGUUGGAUAUGGUGACCAAAUUUAUGUAAUAGGUGGGUCGGUUUUCGAUACCCGGUCAUAUCCGUUGGACCGCCCGUCCCCGUCCGGUACUACGUUUAGGUUCGAUUUAGUGACCAAAAAAUGGGAAGGGUUGUCAAAUAUGUUGUCUCCUAGGGGGAGUUUUGCGUGUGCGAGUUUUGGGGGUUUGGGUUUAGGGAAUGGGGGGAUUGUGGUUGCGGGUGGUGGGUCGAGACAUACGAUGUUUGGGGCGGCUGGGAGUAGCAUGAGUUCGGUUGAGAUGUUUGAUAUUGGGAGGAACGAGUGGGUGGCGUUGGAUGGGUUGCCGGGGUUUCGGGCUGGGUGUGUUGGGUUUAUGGUUGGAGAGGAUGAGUUUUGGGUAAUGGGUGGGUAUGGAGAGUCGAGGACGGUUUGGGGGGUGUUUCCGGUGGAUGACUAUUAUAGGGAUGCAGUUGUGAUGGAUUUGAAGAAUGGUGGGACGGGGAAGUGGAGGGAACUCGGAGAUAUGUGGGAAGAAGGGGAGAGGAGGAGGUUGGGGAGAAUCGCUGUGAUUGAAGACGUUAAUAAGGGUUCUCCGGCUGUUUUUAUGCUUGAUGACAGUGACAUUUUUAGAUAUGACAUGGCUUCUAACCGCUGGAAAAAAGAAGCUAGCAUCCCAAAAAAACUAACAGAUGAAUCACCAGCCGGGUUUGUUGCACUGAAUGGCGAGUUGUAUGUGAUGGGCUCAAUCAGUGGAGGUGAUUCAACAGAGAACCGCAAAUCCAGACAACAUAAGAGGUCAGCAUCUUUGUUCCUUCAGAUAUAUCAUCCUCAAAAGAUGACAUGGAGAACCCUGAUCACAAAACUGCCAUUUCAGCACUCUUUAGAUUUCAAAACUGCAGUUAUGUGCACCAUUCGACUCUAGGUUUCAAAUGUAUUGAUGUAUUUCGAUGUUGUGCGUAGUGUGUUGUAUCCCGUUAAUCCAAUGCUCCCACUCACCUAUUCGAGUACUUAAAAAAUGCAUGAUUACUUAUAUCGGGAUAACAGUCAUUAUAUCAAGUACUGUAUCCCUUGUUAUUAAAUAUGUUCACAUAUGGAAAAUUGAUAAAUAUACUAAUUCGUAUCAUUUAGUCAUCUAUAUAUGUGCUAAUAUAGAUCCCUUAUAUCUUUUCA